AUGAAUGUUAUAUUCACGAAAAUUCUUGAUGAUGAUGUAAAAUUUGCUAAAACAAUAAUUAUUAGUAGACUGAAAUUCGAUGAAAUAACUGAUCGUGGAAAAAAAAAGGAAUCCUAUAAAGUCGUGCUACCAUUUAAUAUUAAUGGUCACGCUUAUUAUUAUGGUCAUAGUACUGAUACAAGAAUUAUUGGAGGUGAUGAUCAAGUUUCAUUUCAUUAUGGAAUCGAAACCCGACAUUGGUUUAUUCAAGAAUUAAAUUAUGAUGGAAAGAUGGAACCUAAAGCUACAAAUGGUACAUGA